AGAUGAUGUUAUCACAUAGACAUUUUUUGAUAUCACAUUAUUAGAUAAGAACAGAAUGGAUAGGAAAGGAAUAUUAUUGUUGAUAAUAUGUUGUUUAUUUCCAUGUAUGACAACAAAACAGCCUCAUAUAUUGUUUAUUGUGGCUGAUGAUUUAGGAUGGAAUGAUGUUGGUUUUAGAAAUCCUGAUAUGAUAACACCCAACAUAAAUAAGCUGGCACAUGAAGGUGUUAUAUUUAACUCAUCAUAUGUGUUGCCAGUAUGUAGUCCAUCCAGAUCAGCUUUUAUGUCAGGAUUAUAUCCAUUUAAAACUGGCUUUCAGCAUUAUGUGGUAGGAAACUCUCAAAAUACUUGUCUACCACAUGACCUUACUCUUUUACCUCAACAAAUGAAAAAAGCUGGUUAUUCAACACAUGCCAUUGGAAAAUGGCAUCUGGGCUAUUGUAACUGGAACUGUACACCGACGUAUAAAGGGUUUGAUACAUUUUUUGGCUAUUAUAAUGGUGCUGAAGACUAUUUCCAACAUACUAUGGGCCCCUUUUAUGAUCUGAGAGAUAAUGAAAAGAUAGCAUGGGAUCAGAAAGGAAAAUAUUCGGCGCAAUUUUUCGCAGACAGAGCCUCAGACAUAAUCAAACAGCAUGACACUCAGAAACCGUUAUUUAUGUACCUACCUUUUCAAAAUGUUCAUGCACCAAUUCAGGUGCCGCCAAAAUAUUCAGAUUUAUAUCCACAUGUAGUCAAUUACGGUCGAAAACAUUUUAGCGGUAUGGUGACAGCUUUAGAUGAAGCUAUCGGGAAUAUUACUAAAAGCUUACAAGAUCGAAAAAUGCUUGAAGAUACAUUGAUAUUAUUUACUGCAGAUAAUGGUGGAGAAUUGGUUGCUUACGCGAACAACUGGCCUCUACGUGGUGGUAAACAUACUUUAUGGGAAGGUGGAACUCGAGUUACUGCUUUUAUGCGCGGAUAUGGUAUACAGAAUGCAGGAACACACUACAAUGGAAUGAUUCAUGCUGUAGAUUGGAUGCCGACAUUAAUUGGUAUUGCUGGAGGACAACAAGUACCUGGUAUUGAUGGUAUAAAUCAAUGGGAUUCUAUCAGAAUGAAUCAGCCUUCAAAAAGAACAGAAUUUAUUUAUAACUUAGAUGAUUUCUUUAUUCCUUCUCAAGGCCAUGCUGCAAUCAGAGAUGGUGAUUGGAAAUUGAUAUUAGGUUAUCCAGGUCUCUAUGAUGGUUGGUAUAAACCAAUGAAUGAUACUAGAGAUACUCCACUGUAUGAUUUUAUUUAUACUCCUGGUGAUAAACCAGCUAGACUCUUUAAUAUAAAAGAUGAUCCACUAGAAAGAAAUGAGAUUUCAGCCUUGCAUCCAGACAUUGUGGACCGAUUGAUUGGUAAAAUAAACGUAUAUAGAAAAUCAAUGGUGCCUGCCAACUUUCCGACACCUGAUCCAAUGGCACAUACAGUAGCUAAACGAAAUGGGGGUGCUUGGUCACCAGGAUGGUGUUGAUGUUAAAACUAACACUAAAUUGACAUCAAAAUGUUUUUCACUUGACCUUUUUAGUAUGUGUUUACAAACAAUGUUUGUUUUUUUAAAACAUUCCGACUCAAUUUUGUUAUACAUGUACUAUAGCUUAUAUGUUAUUGUUAACAACUAAUAUUGAAAAUAAAAUUUUGAAACAUUUU